AUGACUCAGCGCCAAGCCGAGAUUCCGAAGAGAAGUCGUUUCCAACCUCGACUUGCACGGAGAACGGAUCAGAUCCAUCCUGUUGAGACCACCACCCCUCCUUCCACCCCCCUCAUCUUCACCACCCACUCCGUCAAGAUGAUGUCCCAGUCUCUCCGGGCCUCGCGCUCCCUCUUCACCCGUGCCUCUCGGCAACAGGUCCCUGUCGCUGCUCGCCGCACCUUCCUGACCUCCGCUGUCCGCCGCGCCGACCAGGUUCAGGACCUCUACCUCCGUGAGCUCAAGGCCUACAAGCCCACCCCCGUCAAGCCCAGCGACGCCGAGGGCAAUGUCCAGACUUUCAACCUCCCCAAGGCUCCCCCCUCCCCCGAGGAGGCCAACCUCGCCAGUGAGCUGUCCGCCUACGAGGCCCAGCAGGUUGAGGUUGAGGGCCAGGCUGCCGCCGGCGAGGCCGCCCCCGCCGAGGAGAGCUGGUUCGAGGAGGAGGAGGAAGAGGCUGCUGCCGCCCACUAA